GGGAUUUCUAUUUUCGUGCCCCUGGUUCGUUAGUUGUACUCAGUUUUCCCCAGCCGCUUAACUUUUCCUCAGUUUUCCCCUCCCUCUAGUUUGAAACCCGUCGCAGACGCUCAGACGGGAGGGUUGCCGUUUGGUCAGAGGCCUUGACCGUUACCGGUGACGGCUAGGGAGCCGCGUUGGUAUUGAAUUGACCGUUUCUUUCAAACUGUGUUGACUGUUGAGUGGAGGAGCUCACCCAAAGCUUUCCACUCCGCCCGAGACUGGAGGAGCUCACACACCGCCCCUCCGCCGCCACACCGUCCUGCCCUCCUACCUUAUGGCGUCGUCCGCCGCCGAGCCGCCCCCGCCCCCACCACCAGCCCCGGGAGGCGGAGAGGGCUCCGCCUCCACUAGAUCUAGAUCUACCCCUGUCGCGGUAGAGUUUGUACAGCCGUCUGAUGUGCCGAAUCUUCCCAUCAACCGCGGAGAAGAUUGGGAAUCGGAGGGAUCCAACGCAUGGAUUCCAUCUGGGAUUGAUCCAGCGCUGGCUUUUCGGCUGGUGGUUAGGCUGGAUUCUAGCUUUACGCGUGAUUCUAAACGCUAUAAGAAUGGGUUUUACUUCCCUGCGGUGGUUGCAACCACCAUCUUGUUGAGGGAUUUGAAAGAUAACAUCUACGCUAAGUACAGCUGGAGCUCUGGCGAUGCAGUUCAUUUCGAAUAUUUCCACAACACGGAGGGAAGAUUUGUUCCACUAAUUUCCGACGACGAUCUGGGAAUUCUUUUUUGCUUUGAAUGCUUCUUGCGGGUUCGGUAAAAUUGGUAUCCAUGUGGACAGGGGCCGGGCAUCAUCUCUCUCUGGUGCUGGGGCAUCAUCAGGUGGUCGGGCAUCAUGUCUCUCUACUGCUGCUGCCUCUGCUAAUAGUGUGCGCCGCGGCGCUCCUUGUAGGUCCACAGCAGCACCAUCUGUCCCCAGUGCUAGUGGUAGCCAGAUCGUUCGUACGGUCGAUGUGGAGGACGAUGCAGACAUUGAGGAUCAGUCUCCUCAAGAUGAUGAGGAUGAGUUGAUGUUUCCUGAAUUGGUAGAUCGAUGCAGUAAGCAGGCAAUGGAGGAUCAAUA